CGGAGAACAUUUUGGUGCUCUUGUAGUUUGAGUAUAUUGUUAAAAAAAAAAACAACUGGCGGGUUUUAAAGUCCAAACCCAAGGCAAUUUCCAACCCUAGCCCCAAUUCGUACACUGGUGGGUUCUCACUUAACACCUGCAACUGAGUUUGAAAAACAGCCUGAUUUGGCUGGAAAUCCUCCAGCCUUUCGACCCUGCUCGUACAAGUAAUCGGUGUUCCUUCCUCCCUGCCCGCGUAAUCAAUGUGAAACUAAAGCGAGCGGCUCCUCCCAUUGACAUGAGCAGGCAGGGGUAGGAAGACUACUUCCUGUGGGCUUCGUGCUGUGUUCUGCUUGUUUGGGUUGGAUGCUGUAACUUUCAACAGGGAGAGUUUGCUUAGUCCGGGUAUUUUUGCUGUAGCCUUUUUUUUUUCCCUCCGUGCCAUGGAAUCUUGAAAAAGUGUUGUGAUAGUGGGGCAGUGCGAUUCUACAACUCUUAAGAGAAGUUGCAUUAUGGAACUAUUGCAACCUUAAACUAGAAGAUUGAUUUCUCAGCUCUAACCAGGAACCACUGCGGUAAUCUUAACUGCUGCAAACAUGCACUACUACCGGUACAGCACUGCAGAAGUCAGCUGUUGUUAUAAGUACCUCCUGUUUAGCUACAAUAUCAUAUUCUGGCUAUCGGGAAUGGUUCUUUUAGGAGUUGGUUUGUGGGCAUGGAGUGAAAAAGGCAUAUUGUCAGAUAUUACAAAAGUAACACGUCUCCAUGGAUUUGACCCAGUGUGGCUAGUCCUGGUGGUUGGUGUCAUCAUGUUUACUCUUGGCUUUGCUGGCUGUGUUGGUGCUUUACGAGAAAAUAUCUGCCUUCUGAAAUUUUUUUGUGGUGCUAUAGUCUUGAUUUUCUUCAUGGAGCUCGCUGUUGCAGUUCUUGCCUUCCUAUUCCAGGACUGGGUGAAAGACCGAGCCAAGGAUUUUUUUGAGAACAAUAUAAAAUCAUACAGAGAUGAUAUUGACUUGCAGAACCUCAUAGAUUCCCUUCAAAAAGCGAACCAGUGUUGUGGUGCUGUGUCCCCAGAUGACUGGGACCUAAAUGAAUAUUUCAACUGCAGUGUUGAAAAUCCAAGUCGUGAGAGGUGUGGUGUUCCUUUUUCUUGUUGUGUUCCUGAUCCAGCUCAAACAGUUGUGAACACACAGUGUGGUUAUGAUGCUCGCAGAAAGAAGCCCAACGAGAGACCAAAUACAACAUUCUCAAAAGGCUGUAUAUCUGCACUGGAGGCAUGGUUACCGAGAAACAUAUAUAUUGUGGCUGGAGUUUUUCUAGUGAUCUCAAUUUUACAGAUUUUUGGUAUUUACCUUGCUCGGACACUGAUGUCAGAUAUUGAAGCAGUGAAGGCCGGUUACCGCUUUUAAGGGCGACCCUCAUCGUUCAAAGUCAUUACAGAGACUUUCUGUAUUUUUUCCCAUCUUUUAAAUCUUUGUUUGCAGUUAGAGACUUUUCAACAUUGCCAUUAUCAAUAAAGAUCUGCAGAGUGUCUACUUUUGCACAGAAGGACCCGUUGUAAUUAAUCUAGGGUUUCCAUGCAUCCUGCAAUAUGUAAAAGGAUAGACUUGAAAUGUUACUAUAUUUAACCACUAGUCAUUUAUUAUUCCUCCUGGAACUUCUCCAAGAAGAGACUACACUUUGUUUUGAAGAAAGGUUCUCUGAAUCUCCCUACUAUUCUGCCUUUACAUUUUCCUUCAGCUUUUUUCUUCAGUGCUGGAAUAUAUGUCGACCCGGAUUACUUAUUGAUGGACAGUAAACAUUCAUAUGAGUUCUCUGGACAAAGAACUCAGGCAUUUACCUUCAUCUAACAAUGUCAUUAAACCUUUUUUAAACCGAAUGAUUUACAAGUUCACCAAAGCCUUACCAAGUUAAGACACGUUCACUUAUGUCAAUAAUGCUGCCAUAGAUUUUUAGAGGUAUAACAUAACUUUUGUUUGCCAACAUGUCAAGGAGUAAUGUUUUACUAUAAAAAAAUGUAUUACUACUGUAAAUCAUUACAUUCACAAGUAUCUUAUUUAUGGAAAGGAAAACCAAGUAAUCCCCAAAAAUACUCAAUUUGAAAUCUAAACAUAAGAGAUAUCAAGGGCUAUUAGUCUGGGAUUUGACUGUAGUUCUUUGUAUUUCACUGUUGGAGAAAUAUAGGUUAUCCCAAAGGAAUUAUUUCUACUGUGAAAAGCAAAUACAUGAUUCUCUGUUGAUAUAAGGACACAACAGUGUCAACAUCAUUGAGUUGUUUUUUGUUUUGUUUUUUUAUAUAAAAAAACCCACUAUAUUAUUGCAGGAUAUAUGUUCUUUUACCAGAGAAUCUGUUGUAGAGUUACGUGUUUAUUUUGUAAAAAAAAUUAUAUGGGAAAAAAUUGAAUAUAGCUGUAUCUAUUGCUUUACAGAUGUUCACAGAAGUCUAUAGAUUUUACUUAGUAGCACAAUUUGUUUUAAAUAUGUACAAUAUUAUAUACCUGCAUAUCCACACAUACAUUAAGGGCUGUGUGCCCAUUUGGAGUUACUUCUUUCAAAUGGUUCCCCAGUAAUGUUAAGAGUAGUUAUUGUUUCAUUUCAGCGCUUACUCUGUGUGGCUUUAGCAGCACAUUCAUGAUUUGAUAACAGUUUGCAUUCAGGCUUAGGCUGGAAAUGUAUUGUCCAUACACCAGCAUGAUCAAAUUCAGCAUGGCAUUUCUAAAUACACAUUUAUUGUAUAACUAGGAAGGGGCUUGCUCCUGUGUCAAGUUCUAAAUGAGCUGGUCCUGACUUAGAGCCCCGUUUGAAGAUAUUGUUUGUAGUAAACAAACUAUGGGGCCCACUUCAGCCAUCUGACUGAAAUUUGAAAUUAACCACGUAUUGGGGUAUAUUUAUAAAAGCCUGCCAAACAUUUUGCAGCAAAAACAGUGUACAUUUGGUGGAACAUAGAGAGCAUGUUUAUACAGCUCCUGUAUAUUUUAUUUACGCCAUACUAACCCUGAAAAUAAAAUCAUUGUUUUACAACUCUAGACUGUAGACCUAUUUAAGUGGUGGUUCACCUUUAAGUUAACUUCUAAUAUGUUAUAUUAUGGCUAAUUUUUGGCAACUUUUUGAAUUGGUCUACCUUUUUUAUUUGUAUAGUUUUUUUAAUUAAUCGUGACCCCCCAGCAGCCAAAAAAACAAAUUUUUAUUGUUAUUUUUUAUACUUUAUCUUUGUAUUCAGACCCUCUUCUAUUUAUAUUGCAGUCUCUCAGACUCAAACUACUGCCUGUUUGCUAGGGUAAGUUAGACCCUAGCAACCAGUAGGUACUGAAAUCCCAAACCAGAGAGCUGAACAAGAAGUUAAAGAAUAAGAAUAAAAAAUAAAGACCAAUUGCACAUUGCAUUAGAAUAGCACUAUCUACAUCAGGGGUCCCCAAUCUUUCUUACUCGUAAACCACAGCCAAAUGUAAAAAGACUUAGGGGAGCAACAACAAGUAUCCUAAAAGUUCAUGGAAGUGGCAAAUAAGAACUAAGGUUGCCUAUUAGGUAGCCUCUAUGAACACACUCAACUUACAAGAGGCUUUAUUUGGUAGUAAAUCUUUUUUCGUUUUUAUUCAACCAAAGCUUGCCACCGAGGCACAAAUUAAAAUAAUAACUACCUGGUUUGGGGGCACUGAGAGCAACAUCCAAGGGGUUGGUGAGCAGCACGUUACACACUUCUAAAUAUACCCUAUUAUGUAUUCCCUAGGUGUUUACUAUUUAUGGUUGAUUUUUAAGUUACCCAGUUAUUCAAUAACAGACAUUUUCAGCAAUUAAAAAAAAAAAAGAGAGAAAUAGCAAUGCUUAUAACUGCUAAGGAAUAGCCUUGUUUCCAUAGACUGCAGCUUUGGGUAUAUGCACAUAUAACUGUGUUCUUUGCCCAUCUCAGGUGCAGUCUCCAACAUUUGCAGGUAGCAGUACUUGCAAUUAGGGAUAGAUUGUGACUGCACACUUCAGUGGGUUUCUUUCAGUUAAUGCCUUAUUUACUCUUGUGUAUGUUCCCUAAAGCUAACGAUAAAUAUGUAUAUGCAGUUAUCAUGGGGCUGUCAAUCAAGUCCAAAGUCUACAGGCACUGCCUAUGUUUAGGUGCAAAACAGAGCUUUCUAUGAACACAUUGCCAACAUCAGCAGUAACAUUCCAUUAGCAUUGUGGGUUACUGAAGCCCUUUGGAAUGCAGUAACUUGCUAAUGUGUAAUGUUCAAUACAGGCAUAUUAUGUUUCAGAGGGUGUGCUGCACAUAUAUUAGGAGUGUUUAUUAUUGGCAAAUGUAGUUGUAGACUGAGAACAUAUGCACAGGUAUGAAUGUUAAACACAUCUAGAAUCAAUAUAAUCUUUGUGCCUGUUAAUGUAAAUUAGGUGCAAACAAACCCUGCCAUUUACAGCUACCUUUUUCCAGGCAUUGGAUGCCCCUCUUGUGUGACAUUUAGGAUUACCUGUAUUUUAGAUGGGCAGAAAGUCACUGGAAUUUUAUGGAAAAGACGCAGAAAAAAAUGUUGAGUUGUGAUGAUUUUUUUUUUGUAUUUUAAGCUUGGCACCUUUAGUAAAUGAGGCCCAGAGUGUCUUUGGGUAAUUAUUUUUUUGAGCUAUAUUCCUCUCAGCAUAGAGACACAUUGUGUCAUUUUUGCUGGUGCUUGACUUUUGCUACAGAUGCAUUUGUAAAUAAUAUUUUUAAAAAGUUUUAAAACUAUACUAUUUGUACUAAAAUGGAUAGUCUUACUUUGUGCAUUUGUCUAAAUUGUAUUCUCUUUCUAGACUGUGUCUAUAAGUUACAAACUCAGCGUUUGUAAAAUGUUUACAAUUUUCAUUAGUGGCUUUGCAAUCUACUAAUGUUUUAACACUGAAGAUGUGGUGUACAUUGUCUUUUCUGUUCACAAAUAUUAGUGUCCCCGGACUUUCAAAAUGUGUCAUUCUGCAUUUCACUGUGUCCAAGCCAGUAUGUUAUUUGUACAAUAAAAAAAAAAACUUUCUUCGUAA